AUGGCAGCGGUGAAGCCUGAACCCGUGGAUGAUGACCCGGGCUGCGGGGUCAUUGCCGCCGUGAAAGAGGCCGGCUCGGCGAAGGAGACCCCAAACACUGACAACAACCAUGGCGCGAGUCUACUCCAGAAACUCAUCGUGCCCGGCAACCCGCCAGAGCUUCUCGAAGGGGGUGUAAAGAUUGGUCUUCAAGUAUUGGGGACCUUGAAAACACCGUUGGCCGACAUGAGCAACUCCGCUUCGGGCGCCCAGUGGUUAGAAUCAAUUAACCAACUGGAGUCCCUUGCGAAGCCCGCGCGGACCAUCGUGGGCGUGGUGGGAAAUACGGGCGCCGGAAAAUCUUCUGUGAUUAGUGCGGUUCUCGACGAGGAAAGGCUUCUCCCCACAAAUUGCAUGCGAGCUUGCACGGCAUCUCCAACCGAGAUAUCUUACAACCAUUCCCAAGACCCUGCCGAGUUGUAUCGGGCCGAGGUCGAGUUUAUCACGGCGGAUGAUUGGCUCCAAGACCUCCGGGGUCUUUACAUCGACCUUAUCGACGGUGGCGGCGGAGUCUCGCGGGACUGCACGAAUCAAGACAGCGAUGCCGGUGUUGCCUACGCCAAGAUCAAAGCCGUCUAUCCCAAACUAACGAGGGAGAUGAUUGCCGAUGCGACUCCUGAGCAUCUUGCUGGAAAACCUUCGGUCGUUCGGAUUCUCGGGACCGUCAGAGUACUCCGUGCGACGACGGCCGGGAGCUUAUACCGUCAGCUACAAGAAUAUGUCGACAGCAAGGAGAAGAACACCGACAAGCUCAUGGAGUACUGGCCGCUGAUCAAAGUCGUCCGCAUCUACACCAAAGCGUCUGCCUUGUCAACGGGGGCUUGUCUGGUUGACCUCCCGGGUGUCCAAGACUCCAACGCGGCGCGUGCGGCGGUUGCUGCUAACUACAUGAAAUCAUGUACGGGGUUGUGGAUUGUUGCUCCGAUCACCCGUGCGGUGGACGAUAAGACGGCUAAAUCACUAUUGGGAGAUUCCUUCAGACGCCAGUUGAAAUACGAUGGUACUUACUCGGCCGUGACAUUCAUUUGUUCCAAAACGGACGACAUCUCCGUCACAGAGGCAGCGGAGAGUUUGGGCAUCGAGGAAGAAGUCUCUGAAUCAUGGGCUCGCGUCCGUGAGCUGUCAGACGAUAUUAAGAAACAAAAAUCCGACAUGGCCGACCUCAGAGACGAGCGAGAUGUCUGCCUCGACCUCAUCGACAAUAUUGAGCAAGCCUAUGAUGAGUGGGAAAUUCUCGGUAGCAAGUUGGCAGGCGGAACCACGGUCUAUGCGUCCCCCACCUCGCCCAGCAAAAAGCGCAAGCGGAAAACUCGCCCCAGGGGUAGUCGAAAGGGGCGCAACUCGAGCGAUGUUGAUAGCGAUUCCUCAGAUCCAGAUGGUUCCGAUUCUAGUGAUAAGGAGAACCAGGACGCUCGGGGAGAGCCACUCACGUCGGAUGAGAUUGAUACCAAACUCGCGUCCUUGAAAGGCGAGAAAAAGGAGCUGCGAGACAAGAAGAAGGGGAUUGAUGAGCAUGUCAAGGCCCUUCGCGAGGCCAUAAAGGAGCUCACCGCGGAGAAAGACACGAUUCUCGCCGAGUUGAAGGCCGUGUGCAUUCAGGGGAGAAACCAGUACUCGAAAACGGCGAUCAAACAGGAUUUCGCAAUGGGUAUCAAAGAGCUCGACCAGGAAACAGCCGUGGAGGAAGAUGAGGCGAAUUUUGACCCAGAGGUUGACCUUCGCGAUUAUGAUGCGGUAGCCGCAUCUCUCCCUGUGUUCUGUGUUUCUAGCCGUGCAUUUCAGAAGCUGAGUGGCCGGCUGGAAAAGGAUGACUUUAAUGGUGCCGGAUUUCAGUCCCUCGAGGAUACCGAGAUCCCCCAGUUGCAGGCACAUGCCAAGAAACUCACAGAGGCCAGCCGGACCGCCAACUCUCGGCGGUUUCUCACUGAGCUCAUACAGCUCCUGAACUCCAUCAAGAUGUGGGCGUCUGAAGACCAAGCGACACCAGCCGUGUCGGGUACCGAGAAGGCGGAGAAAGAGACAGAGUUGCGGGAGCAGCUUAAGCAGUUGGACAAGUAUUUUGACCUCCUGCUGAGGCAUUGCAUAGCUUCCGUACGACAAGUAUUUGCUGAGCAUAUCUAUGCCAACUUUGCUCGAUACAUACCUGUGGCUUUCCAAACAGCGGUGCCCACAGCGAGACAAUGGGGUGCCCCCCGAGGAGAAGGAGGCAUGCUUUGGGGGACCUACAAAGCAACUUGCAGGAGGGGUGGCGCCUUUACCGGUAGCGCCGGUCCCCGCGACUUCAACGACGAGCUUUUCCUCCCCAUCUCAAAACACGUCGCCGCCGGCUGGGAGCGCGCCUUUGUCCGACGCCUGCCCGGAGUCAUUGACGGUUUUCUCGGCGCGGUUCGCGAGAGCCUGACCGAAUUCCAUUUCAAGGCAGUCACAACUGCGGAAGCCUCCGGAGUUCAUGCCGGCGGGCUGAAUAUCCUAGCCCAACAGCUCCAAACGCAUGUUGAGUCGGUGAACCAGAUGGGCGUUGAGGGCCUAAAAAUUGCCCAGGACAUCCAGCGAGACGCAAAUCGGGGGUUUACCCCUGUGAUCCAGCAGGAAAUGAUGCCCGUUUACGAAGACUGUGUGCAGGAACGCGGAGUCGGCUCCUACAUGCGCAUGAAGAACCUGAUGCUAGCACAUGUCGAAGAUCGGCGCGAAUUUAUGUUCCGCAACGCGACGGGUACCGUGCAGCAACAGCUCGAGGUGCUGUGCCAACAGGUUGGCGACUAUUUCACUGCGGGCAUCCAGGAGUUGUCCAAGCGCAUCGCGCGAGAUUAUCUCGGUGUCAUCGCCGGUGUGCAUACACUGGCCACCGGUGUCUCGGCUCAAGCCGAGCGUGAACUGCGCAGGGCCAUCAAAUUGAGGCUUAUCCAUGCUGACCGGAGCUUCGCCGUGCUCUUUCCGGAGUUGCUUAGUGGGCAUGAUGCUGGUGAGAAGUGGAAGGAAGAGGAGGAGAAGGAGGAGGAGAAGGAGGAGGUGGAGGAGGAGGAGGAGGAGGUGGAGGACUACGAUGAGGAGCCGGGCUUGGACCCGGAGUAUGCGGAUUAUCUGGCCGCCUGCGAAGAAGGAGGUGGUAGCGAGGAGUCAGUGGCAGAAUGGGGGGUGAAGUCUGAGCCUGAGGUUGAUGAGGAGUACCUUUCGUGUUAG